GCUGGUGAAGUACAGUUCUUCCAUUGUGUGUGUGGACUUUUUUUUUUUUAGUUGAAUGUUCCAAGUUCUGAACAGAAAGACCAAGGUUCUGUUAAAAAGGAGAAGCUGAAGAUGGGAUAUUGCUGUGUGAAAGUCACCAUGGACUUGUUUUUCUUCUUCAACCACCUUUUCUUUAUCUUGGGUGCGCUGAUGGUUGGAUUUGGAACCUGGAUUUUGGUUGACCAAAGGUCCUUCAUGCCCCUCCUGCAGAACUCGGCGCCAUCGUUCCAGGUGGGGGUCUACGUCUUCAUUGGAGUCGGCGCCGUCACGAUGGUGCUUGGCUUCCUGGGCUGCGUAGGGGCCUUCUGUGGCAUCCAGUGUGUCCUCGGCUUGUACGUCGCAGGCCUGCUGCUCAUUCUCUCAGCCCAGAUUGCUGCUGGUCUGUUGAUCUACUUCCAACAGAGCUCGCUAAAAGCAAGAAUGCCUCAGGUGGUCGUUGAUCUCUUCCAGACGUACGACCCCAGUGAUGAAGUUAAUCACACCCUCGAGAUCGCGUGGGACUUCGUUCAAUCCCAGCUGUCGUGCUGCGGCUGGACCGGACCCGAAGACUGGCAAUUCAACAAGAUCCUUUGGAACAGAAAGCUGGCGUUCUAUCCGUGUUCUUGCAGCAACGAGACAGUGGACACCCUGAUAGGGACAGGCUUCUGCGUUUUGGAUACCGAUGCCAACACAACCACGGUGGCCGACUGGCCUGUUAAGAAGCAGGGGUGCCGGACGGUUGUGCAGAGCUGGUUGCAGGAGAAUUUUGACAUCUUUCUUGGGGUCUGCAUCGGAGUUGCCUUCACAGAGUUACUGGGAAUAGGGCUUUCUGCCUGCCUCUGCAAAGGCAAAAGAUGCCAUUGCUGAGGACAACACCCAAGCGUAGGAACCUUGGAGCCUGGAUGUGACCCACAAGG